GAUUCUAUUUGUGGGUUUGUGUGGUUUCAAUAAUCAUCAUUCACCGGAAAAUGAGAUUUUGUAUUGUGUGCGGUAAUUCUGAAGACGACGUAAAGCAUUUAUUUUGCUUUCCCCGUAGCGCAGACAGGUCGCAAAUAUGGCAGGAAGCUAUGGGAAUGAAAUAUAGACCACUAUGUGGCCAUGUUAGAAUCUGCAAUGAGCAUUUCACAAAAGAUAGAUUUGUGCCGUGUACCUCAGUUUUACGUUUGAAAGCUGAUGCAGUGCCCACAAUUCUGGAAGUCCAGAAGGACCAUGUUAUGAAGGGACUGGACCAGAUAGCAAAUAAAAAAGUAAACAUUAUAUCCCAAUAUAUAAUAAAGCCAGAACCACAGACUCUUUUGGAUACCAAAUCAUUAAGUAAUGCAAACAGUGAAGUUACUGAACAUGAGAAAACAAAUUCCUCGCAGUCACCAUCCCAACGGGCUGUCACACCAAUUUCAAGUACAGUUAGAUGUAGAAGGACUCUUUUUAAGGACGUUGAAGGCUUGUGUUCAACACAGAUAACACCAAGAAAGCAAAAGUUGAUGGUUAUUGUGAAGAGGAAGCAGGGUCGCAUAAGAAAAUUACAAAAAGUUUGCAAACAAAAAGGGAAAAGGAUUAAAACUUUAGAAAAUAUAGCAAUGAAUAAUUGUUUCAAAGGCAUGCCAUCUACCAUAUCUAACUUUAUGAUGUCUCAGAUUCGUUGUGCCAAGCGCUCGCCACAUGGAAGACGGUGGACACUGGAUGACAAAAUAAUGUCUUUAGCGAUUUAUAAACGAAGCCCAAAAUGCUAUGCUUUAUUAGAACGUCUCUAGUACUUCCAUCAAGAAGAACACU